CUCACAAAAAAAGGCGAGAUUAAAUAUACAUAAUUUUCUAUGUAUUAUGAAUACAUCAUGCAUUCUCUAUACAUGCAUUUUGUGAUUAAAACAAGUUAAAAAACAUUGUAUUCUGCAGAAUACAUGUAUACUCUGAGUACAACGUUUAGAAGCGGAGGUUCCACAUCAAACUAUCAUAUUGAAUUGCAAAAUGAUGUGACAAUCGAAAUGCAAUUGCAUGGAUGUAAAUCUCAAUUGCAAUAUUGCAAGCUUUCAUUUUAUACAAUUCAAUAUGCAAUUGCCACAUAAGUAUUUUUUCUUUUUAUUAAAAAAUAAUAAACAUACAAACUUUUAUUUUAUUAAAAAAAUAAGUUAGGCUUACAUAUGCAAUUUCAAGGUAAUUGCAUUGAUGUAGGUGAUAAGUGAAUGUGAUGGGAUUGCAAAAAAAUUGAGUUGACAAUAAAAAACACAAAUGCAAUUGCUUUUGUAAUUUUAUUGAUGUGGAUGCUCUAUCAAUAGGUACUCUCCGCCACUUGUCCUCCAAUCAUUGGUUACACAAUUUUCUAUUUUUAAUAAUUACAAUAAGAUCAUUAUGUUUCCAAAAUUUGUAGUUAGCUACCAGAGAAUUCAAAAUUAAUAUACAAAAUCUAAAAUACCAAUAAAAUAUAAAUAAGUAUCCAAAAAAUGAAUUUAAUUUAAAUUCAAUUUAAUACUGCCAUUUUCCCCCGAAAUACUGCCAUUUAAAAUAUAUGUAUUUGAAGCCAAACACACCUUUAAGUGUAGAAAGAAGCCUCACAAGUGGACAACCAUGAGUUGGGGUGGACAUCGAUCAGGUCCGGACCGAAUAUGACCAAAUUCAGGAGAAUCGGGAUUCAAUAGAUAAAGAUAACUUAGGAUCAAGGACCGGACCAAUAGUGAAUUCGGUCUGUUUGGUUCGUUUUGGGCCAGUCCAAAUGUCAAUUCAGUCCAUUUGUCUUCAGUAUUUAUAAAAUUUAUGAAAUCAAUGAUCAAACUAUACUAUAUUCAAUUCAGUGUGGUACGAUCCAAACAUCAUUUUGGACCAACCCAUUGCCCAUUGACCAUAGGACAAAAUUAUGUCUAAAAUGACCCUGUGCCUUUUAAUCCUGAACCCUUUGAACUUCCUCAACUGCAAUGCCCUGACUGUAGACGAACCGUUGUCGUUUCGUCAUUUGACCACCAAGUGCACUUGAUUGAGCCCGUCCAGUCAAUAAGUCUAGACAUGUUUGCUCCCGAAACCAGUUUCUCCGCUACCAGCCAUCGUUUCUCGUCCAGAGAAUCAACACCGUCGCGUGAACUGAGAGAGGUAGCAAAUAUUACCGGGAUCAGAGUGCUUGAAGAAACAAUUCGGCGAAAUGGGGGAGAGGGCAGCAGCUGCUUCGUUAAAGUUUGUGACGGUACAGGCGAACUCGGCAAGCCUCGCAGAGGCGAGGGCUCGGGUGUUCGAAUUCUUCAAAACCACCUGCCGAUCCAUCCCUACCGUCAUGGAAAUCUACAAUCUCCAGGACGUCGUCAACGAAUCCCAGCUCCGUUCGGCCGUCUCCUCCGAGAUCCGCAGGCACGCUCACAUCACCAAUCCCAAGGUGAUCGACAUGCUGCUUCAGAAGGGGACAGAAGAGUUGCACAACAUUGUGCAGCACUCAAAGCAGCGGCACCAUAUUAUUGGGCAAUAUGUAGUGGGCCAGCGAGGACUGGUGCAUGAUUUGGGAACUAAGGAUGAAGGGACUUCCGAUUUUCUCAAGAACUUCUACAGAAGCAACUACUUCUAAGUGUUCAGAAAAUAAAGGAGUUGCUUAUCAUUUUGAGUCUUGUUUUCCCCCAGCGAUAUAUAUGGCUUCUCCAAGCGAAAUAAGGACCAUUAUUGUAUCUCCAUUUUGCUGGAAGAAUCAAUCAUCGUGUAAACCUUCUUUUCUCUGAAAUGCAAUGAUUUUGUGACUUUCAUGAAUCAUUUUAAGUGCCUAUUGUCGAGCUUCCUUGAUUAGUAAUUUACACAGUCUGUAUCCCAUGUUGUACGGACUGGUUGUAUUGGUUGAAAAGCUGACGCAUUGCUAUGGUUUUGUCACAAAAUUAUAGCGGUUUAGUCUUGCUAUUGUACUAGUCUCUUGAAUCGCAAACAUCGUUAAUUUGAUAUUUGGAUUUGGUAUCCUCACAAAAAUCACUUCUAAUAGAGUUUACUAUCCUUU